GAGUGAAAAGCAACUCAACUUUUUGUUGUCUUGGUGGGGCAUUGAGCAAACUGCACGGCUUCGCUACAAACCUCAUCAGUAAACUGCUGGGAGCACCGUCAUGGGGGACUGAAAUGAUCGCCGAGAGCAAUACUUACCCCUCCAAACCACCAACCUUAGGUCUCUCGUCACCGCCUUUAGGGGCAAGUUGGGACAGCACCAGGCCCGGCGCAUUUGAUUUGAUUGACCAUUGCACGUGAUCAGGCUCACGCUCGGGUUAGCUUCCAGCCUUGCGAUCUUGUCCUUCGCCGCGUGUAGCCUUUGGGGCCUUUAGUACCUGCGGCAAGCUUCAAUCAUCGGCAUCCGUGUGCAACGUGGGACUUUCAACAUCUACAGCUUCAAAGCCUAUUGCAAUUCCCGCAAAACUUCCUUACAUCUCAUACACUACUUCACGACGGUACUCUCUUGACGCGCCCACGUUUCCACCUUCUCAUUACCCCGGUUUCUCCUUUGACCGACAACGAUGGACGGCAGCGGAGACCCCGAGAGGCAACAAGCGCUCGAACAAUACAAGAACAAAUUACUCGAGUCAAGAGAAUGGGAAUCCAAGUUAAAAGCCCUGCGGAUGGAUAUCAAAGGGCUGCAAACAGAGUUCGAGACAACAGAAGACAACAUCAAAGCCUUACAAAGUGUCGGUCAAAUCAUUGGCGAAGUGCUAAAACAACUUGAUGAGGAGAGAUUCAUCGUCAAAGCAUCCUCGGGUCCUAGAUACGUCGUCGGCUGUCGGUCGAAGGUUGACAAGGCGAAAUUGAAGCAAGGCACGCGAGUGGCGCUUGACAUGACAACCCUCACCAUUAUGCGGAUGCUCCCUCGAGAAGUCGAUCCCCUAGUCUACAAUAUGUCUCUAGAAGACCCUGGGCAGGUUUCAUUCGCUGGGAUCGGUGGUCUGAACGAACAGAUCCGCGAACUGCGAGAAGUCAUCGAAUUGCCGCUGAAGAACCCUGAGCUUUUCCUAAGAGUUGGAAUCAAGCCACCAAAGGGUGUCCUUCUGUAUGGUCCUCCGGGGACUGGGAAAACGCUGUUGGCAAGAGCAGUGGCAAGCAGUCUAGACACAAAUUUCCUGAAAGUCGUGUCGUCGGCGAUUGUCGACAAGUAUAUCGGCGAAUCUGCUCGGCUGAUUCGAGAAAUGUUCGGUUACGCCAAAGAGCAUGAGCCUUGUAUUAUCUUCAUGGACGAGAUCGAUGCCAUCGGAGGUCGACGGUUCAGUGAAGGAACUUCUGCAGACCGAGAAAUCCAAAGAACGCUUAUGGAGUUGCUGAAUCAACUGGAUGGUUUCGACUACCUGGGGAAGACGAAGAUCAUCAUGGCUACCAACCGACCAGAUACACUAGAUCCAGCUUUGCUACGAGCGGGAAGAUUGGACCGGAAGAUCGAAAUCCCACUGCCUAACGAGGUAGGAAGAUUAGAGAUUCUCAAGAUUCAUGCCGCCGGUGUUGUGACAGAAGGCAACAUUGACUUUGAGAGCGUUGUCAAGAUGAGCGAUGGCUUGAACGGUGCCGACUUGCGAAACGUGGUGACCGAGGCUGGCCUGUUCGCCAUCAAGGAUUACCGAGACGCCGUUAACCAGGACGAUUUCAAUAAAGCUGUCAGAAAGGUUGCUGAGUCGAAGAAGUUGGAGGGCAAGCUGGAGUACCAGAAAUUGUAAGAUAGAUGUCGGAAUGGUUUGGUAUCUUGCACAGCGGUUGGCGGAUCCGGUGGGCAAAGAUGCCCAUUUAUCUGUAAUAUAGCCUGGCGUUGCUUGCAUAGAACCGGUGAGCCAUGUUGAUGGCCUGGGUUGGCAUUGCGAUACACAGACAACAGACUCAACAACCUCUGAGAAGCGAUAAUCUAUCCUCUCGGGUAUGUCUCCAGGCCUGGAAUAUGCCGAAGUGGACUCAUUCACGGGCAAAUCCCAUAGCGGUCCGCCACCAUCUUAGCAAUCCCUUUGCUUCCA